AUCACUUCAAUUGCUUCUCUCCCAAAGUACCUACCGGGUACAGAAGUACCCUACAGAUCUGCAACGAGCAAAUGCUGCAGAGCCAACGCUCUGUACUUCUGCCCUCCCUCUUAUCCACCUGCCACGCUAACCCGAUCUGCUCCGCGCUCAACACAGCACUCGGGCGUUGCUCGCAGACAACGACAACAGACAGCUCCUGGACGCCGCAAGGCAGUCUGCAGUGCAACCCAGACCUUGUCGAGAACUAUCCUCACACCCUCAAUAUGUCUUGUUCCAGUCCUGUCCCCAGGUAGCCUUGCUCUAGCCCUUUCCG